GGCAGACGGCGGGAGGAAGGCUAGAGGAAGGAGGUGGAGUUAUUGCGGUGCGGCCCGCUGCUGGGAGGAGGGGGGCAGUACCCCUGCUAAACUAUUCCCCACCGUCAUGUCGCUGCCGCCGAAUAAGGCUUCCGAGCUGAAGCAAAUCAUUCACAACCAGCUGACCCAGGAUUUCUCAAAUGCUUCACAGACAAUGAAGUACUUGAAGUAUAGUCGCUGCUGUCAUAUAGGAAACUGCAGCAACCAAUUCGUCCACAGCAAGCCCCCAAAACAUCAAUCAGAGAAUAAGCUGGAGUGCUCCCUGCAUCUUGCUGGUACAGUGCCUGUGAUACACUUAGGAGAUGUGUAAGGAUAAUGAAGCAACGUCUGUCCUGGAAUGAAUGUCCAUGAAAAGAUCAGAGAAAUCUUAGCAGAGUCGGUCCGGGAAGAAUUAGCUGUUUCUUCACAAGCUUUGUCUGAGGCUGAUCUCAUUAAAGCAUUACAACGACGUGGCAUUGUAGACGACGUCAUGAAGGAACUUCAAUUUUUAACUGUCAAAGAAGGUACGUCCAGUUCAAAACCAGCCACACACUUUAUUGACAAGGAACCAGCGGAAUUAAGGAAAACAAGCAUCGAUCCCACCAGAAGAAACCUAUAUCUUCAGGUUUUGGGUGGUAAAGCUUUCCUGGAGCAUUUGCAGGAACCACAGCCAUUACCGGGACAAAUAUGCUCUACAUUUACGCUUUUCUUACAUUUCCGAAACCAGCGCUUCCGUUCCAAGCCUGUGCCGUGUGCCUGUGAGCCUGAUCUGCAGGAUGGGUUUCUGCUGGAAGUUCACAAAGACAGCUCAGGUGAUGGCAGUAAGAUGGCUGACGCAACGGCUUUAUUAUCAAUCUGUGAUCCUGUGCACAUGGUUCUUAUAAAGACAGAUACAUCUGGAGAAACAACCUUAAUGGCUUCGCACUACUUGGAAUGGCGAUCUUUGCUGAGUUCACCAGAUGGACAAAUGAACAUGUCUUUAGAGCUAUUGGGUGUAGGCACAGAGUGUAAAGUUCCCGUUGGAGUUUUAAACAUAAAACUUGAAAUAUAUCCCCGUCUGGUGCAGCCACUAAGCCAAGAAAUAGUAGAUACUCAGCUGGCUUUAGAGCGUCAAAAGACUGCAGAAAAGGAACGCUUAUACCUUGUAUAUGCCAAGCAAUGGUGGAGAGAAUAUCUUCAGAUCAGACCUUCACACAACACAAGACUUGUGAAGAUAUUUGCACAGGAUGAGAAUAGUGUGAACCGUCCAGUUUGCUCCUAUGUAAGACCUUUGCGAGCUGGGAGGCUUCUGGACGCACCCAGGCAGGCAGCCCGAUUUGUCAAUGUUCUAGGUUAUGAAAGAGCGACAGCGGUUGGAGGUGGAUCCAAGCAGGAGCAGUGGUGCACUCUGCUGCCUUUUCUCUGCAGAGGCAAGGGAGACUGUGAGGAUCAUGCCAACUUGCUGUGCAGUUUGCUGCUGGGUUUUGGAUUGGAUGCCUAUGUGUGCGUUGGAACAAAGGCAAAAAGGAUCCCCCACACUUGGGUGAUGACUUAUGGAACUGAUGGAGCUGUCGUUUUCUGGGAGAGCUUAACUGGACACAGAUAUGUUCACAGGCCUGUUAAUCCUGAUGACCCACCACUAGUGGAACAGCCAAAAAGAGCCUAUCCUUAUUGUUCCAUAGGCUGCCUCUUCAAUCACCAGAACUUCCAUGCUAAUUGUCAGCCAUCUGACAUAGUUGAACUGUGUCACUUUGACCUAAAUGAUGAAUCAAAGUGGAAAUCCAUGAGUGCUGAGGCCAUAAAAUCUGUGUGUGCUCCCGGGUCGUCUGUUUCCUUGCCACCAUUUCCACCUUUAUGUGCUCCUGUGAUUGAUGGUGCAGCUGCGAGCAAUGAGAUUGAGUUGGUUUUAAGGAGUCUAAUUUCUGAGCACAGGAAGGACCUCAGUCUGAACACUGUGUGGGAUGACCAUCUGUCUUACCUGCUGUCACCAGCACUUGCUGCGUAUGAGAUUGAACGCACAACUGGAGUGUCAGCAGGCAAUGAGGAGUUCCAGGAUGCUAUAAAGAGAGCAGUGCCUGAUGGACAUACUUUCAAAGGCUUCCCUAUUCACUUUGUGCAUCGAAAUCCUAGGAGAGCAUUCGCAACCUGUUUAAGGUCUCCUUUCUGUGAGGAAAUAAUUUGCUGUCGAGGGGACCAGGUCCGCCUGGCCGUCCGUGUGAGAGUGUAUCCAUACCCUGAGUCCGCCUGUGCAGUCUGGAUUAUGUUUGCAUGCAAAUACCGUUCAGUUCUGUGAUGCAUCCGAGUUUAUAAAUGACGCUGCUUUCACAUUUGUGGACCCCAGUAAUAGAUUGGUUUCUUGUUGCUGCUCCCCAAAGAUCUUCCUGCAGGAUAGUGCCUUUUCAGACCAGGCCAAUAUUCCAAGAACCUGAUGCAUUGUAGACAAAUUGUACAUCUUUCUUGUAAUAUGUGUUUGAGAUUGUGUAUUUAUUGAAAAAUAACCUAUGGAGAUUGUAUAAAAAUGAUUUUUUACAAAAUGUAUAAAAUACCUUACAAUGAAGCUGACUUUAUAUAAAGAUCAUUGAUGUUUUA